AUGACAGACUCAACUGAAUUGUCAACAGCUGCAAAUUGGAUUCGACAAUCGUCUUCGAUUUUAAUUGCUGCAGGUGCAGGUUUAUCAGCUUCAGCAGUUAAUCCUCAAUAUGGUGUAGGUCUUGAUUAUACUUCUGUAGCAGCAUUUCGUCAAUUAUAUCCUCGUAUGACUCAAGUAUCAACAAUGCGAUGUAUGUAUGACGCCAUUGGAAAGCAUGAUUGGACGCCAGAAUUAAUGUGGGGUUAUCUUUUUACACAUGUUGAUAAAUGUCGCUUUAAUUGGGGAUCAACAUCUGUUUAUCAAGAUCUUAAACAAAUAUUAUCAAAUAAACCAAUUGAUUCAUUUGUAAUAACGACAAAUGCUGAUGGAAUGUUUGAACAAAAUAAAUUUGACAUGACAUGUUUUCUUAGCACGCAAGGUGAUUAUUCUCUUUUACAAUGUCUUAAACCAUGUUCACAACAAUCUGUAUAUGAAGCUCGUCCAUAUAUUGAACGUGCUCUUUCUCAUAUUAAUCCACAAACAAUGGAAGUACCUUCAAAAUAUAUUCCUCAAUGUCCUCGUUGUGGUGGAUCUAUGUUUUAUUGUGUACGUGGUGGUGAAUGGUUUAUUGAGUCUGCUUUUGAUAAUCAACGACAUCGUUAUCGUGAUUUUCUUCAUCGAGCAAUUGAUAAAAAAAAUGAUUUAUUUACAAUUAUUGAAGUUGGUGUCGGUUUUAAUACACCAAGUGUCCUUCGUUGGCCUAUGGAUAAAUUAGUAAGCGAAUUUAAAAAUGUAAGACUUAUUCGUAUAAAUAUGCAUGCACCUGAUGUACCAGUUCAUGCACGAAAAGAGAAAAGAACAAUUGGUUUUGAUGGAGAUGCAGCACAAAUUAUUCGACAACUUAGGGAUAUGGUUAUAGCAUGA